AUGAACGGGGUCAGCAUUGGGGAGUACCAUGGUCUGCGGGUGGGCUCGGCCCUGCUCAGCAUCGUGAGGGAGUGUGAUGCAGAUGCCGUAGGAGGAAUCUUCCUGGGUGCAGGGGGGUUGGGUGAGUACAUCCAGGACUACACCUAGUCUUUGGUUUUGCUUAGUGCAAUGCAAUGUGCUAUGCAAAAUGUGCUAUACAAAAGUGCCAUGCAAAAUUUCAUUGGUACUUGCAGGGCAUAACAUUGCAAGAGGAAUGCAAAUGUUAUUUAUAGCUACAGUAUAUGCCUACAGAUAUUUACUGUUAGCUUAUUUAGUUCAGAAACGAGUGCAUCUUUGAUGGUGGCACCACAAGUGGGCUUUUUCCCCAAUAUGUUAACACUUCAUGCAAAUGUAUGUACCCUCUUUUAAUCUCUGUGGUCUAUGUUGACAAUAUUUACACUCCAGGCUGUCCUUUUUCUUCUUCAACAAAAACAUAUACAGGUAACUGCUAAAAAAAAGGAAACGCCAACAUAAAGUGACUUAAUAGGGCGUUGGGCCACCACGAGCCGCCAGAACAGCUUCAAUGCGCCUUGGCAUGGCAUAGAUUCUACAACUGUCUGGAACUCUAUUGGAGGGAUCUGACACCAUUCUUCCACGAGAAAUUCCAUCAUUUGGUGUUUUGUUGAUGGUGGUGGAAAACGCUGUCUCAGGAGCCGCUCCAGAAUCUCCCAUACGUUUUCAAUUGGGUUGAGAUCUGGUGACACACACACACACACACACACACACACACACACACACACACACACCCUUAUACCCCCAUGCUCAUUUGAGACCCCUCUUUCAAAGUCACUAAGAUCUUGUCUUCUAGCCAUGGUAGCCAAAAUAAUGGGCUAUUGGGCAUUUUUAAUCAUAACCCUAACCAUGAUGGGAUGUUAAUUGCUUAAUUAACUCAGGAACUACACCUGUGUGGAAGCACCUGCUUUCAAUAUAGGUUACUUUGUAUCCCUCAUUUACUAAAGUGUUUCCUUUAUUUGGGCAGUUACCUGUACAUCUAUCUUCGAUUACCAACUGUAUUUUAUACUGCAAUGUUGGAAUGGUAGCAUUUUUAUCUCUAUCCUAAGGUGUCAUAUGGGUCUAAGAGGCCAUUCUUUCUCAGGUGUACAAGGCCUGCUGCAAUGUCUAAUAUUUGCAAUUUUUGGUUUUAUGGUCAUCCCAAACUAUAGGGUAUUUUCCUUGUGAAAAAAUAACAAUGUAUUGCUUUUAAACAAAACACUAUGGUAGUAAUGAAUUCCUCAAAUAGUUGUAGACAUUUUGUAUGGAGAAAUAAAGCACACAGACAACCCCUUCUUUGCCAUGAUGGGAUUUUCCCAUUCACUGCAGAAUCUAAAUGUCCUGAGGUGCAGGUGUCCGCUUAUUAUUUGCUCCAGAGAGUACAACUACAAUCCAAGUAGGCUAUGUCUCUGUGGCCUAUGUCUAUGUCUGUGGCUAUGAACUGAAUGAACCCAACUCAGUCUUUUUGCGAAGAGCUUUUCGCUCCUGUUGCAGCCUGGCGACUGGUGAGAUGUUCUGGCAGCAUAGACAUGCGUCACACGCAGCCACGCAGCCACCCUCAGGAACAGCCACUGUUUAAUGGCAGCUCUCUCUGUGGCUCAGAACAGAAAUCAAUAUGUGUGUUCAUCCUGCCUGCCUGAGGUUAGCUGGAGCUUUUUAGAUGCAUUCACAACUCCUAGUGGACUCCUGAGACUGAAGGAGCGUCUGGGCUAAUAAAGUUGGUAAAGGCAAAUCCACUUAUCAAAAAAGAGUAUGUGAAUACAUCCAAUUAGAAUACAUUUUAAAAAAGCAAAAUAGAUGAAAAAACAUUAUUUUUCUGAACAUCUUGAGAAUUGGAGAAACUAAAGAAACAGAACAUAAUUGUAUACAAACAUUAAUAGGCUGUGUGCAUUUUUAUGAGACCCAAAACUCAGCUGUUUCUACCAGUAGGCUAACCAUCAUGUGGUAGCUCAUUUUUAGUUGAGUUGCACAAGACGGGAAUUUGUCCAAUUUUUGUUUUACACAGAGCAUACUGCUCAUAAACAUCCAUAUCAGUCAAAAUGUUUAUUAAAAACACUUGAAAUAAAGUUAGUAGUUAUACCUGUCUUUCUUUUCCAGGCCUCCUCAUCUCUGUCUUCCCCUUCAUAAGAGCCUGGAUCAACAUUAACAACAUUCUCCCCACCUUGGGUAAGUUAUCAAUGUCUCCCAUUUUCUUUUCAUCAAGGAAAUCCAUUUGCAAGGAUUUAUUUUACUUUUUUUUGUGAACAUAAUUUCCCCUUCCCUGCACAGGAAACUUCAGAGUGCAACCUAUGCCUGCCAACCCUCCUGGCCCUGAGCAACCUGCAGAGACACUGAAACGAGAAGGUAAUCGUCAGAUGGCCAUGUUUGUAGUUUUUAGUCUCUGUGGUUCAAUUGCUGUAGUCACCAGUGUUGGGGUCAGUUAUAGUUCGAAGUCAUACAAUUCAUUGGAUAGAAUAAAAACGUCAUUAAAAACUAAAGGGCAAUUUCUAAGUUCUAAGUAAAAGGCCUUAUAACUCUGCAGGCUGGGUUAGAUAGGACAUGAUAAUGAACUCUACCAGGAGAGUGUGUGAUGAAAGAGCAUGCCCAUUACAUUAGAGAAUACUCAUCACACUCACUCCUUUAUACUUUUUGAUGAGAUGGAGAUUGCUUUGAACAGCAGCAAUUGGGCUGGAGAGAGCUGUGUCUGAAGGAUGCUGCACAGGCACCACAGUCACUUACCAUAGCAGUUAGUCUAUUCUAUAAUAGAAUGAUGUGGAGAGAUAGCUAGACUACGUUGUAUAAGCUACAGAAAGCUAAGGCCAACCAAACCACUGCAUAGCCAGUAGUGUUUAUUAGGUUGCAUUGAUUGUCCUCCUUUACAAGUGGUCAUUUCUCAGACAGGCAUGAACUGAUAAUGCAUAUUGUAUUCACAUUGUAUUAAUAUGCACACAUAUUUCACUUCAGGUAGUGGUUUUAUAACUGUAUGCUUCAUAGAUACUCUUGUUGUUCAAUGUGACCCAGAGGAUGUUGUGUUCCGUUCUCUGACAGUGACUCAGAGCCAGCUGAAUCUGGAGUGCUCUAAGAGCCCGAUGGGGACAUUUGUUGAUGCCGGACCAAUUGCUGAGGCCUCCGCAGAUGAGGGGUGA